AUGGAUAACCGUGGGAUUGGUGACGUAUGGCAUCAAGGUUUUGAACGACCGGCCGCCUUUAUCGAUCGAGCCACCUUACUUCGUGAUCCUACCUCGCAUAUGCGAACUCCGCUGCUCGAAACUGCUCGUGGGCCAUUCUUGGACAAUAUGGGCUUUUUCAACGACUACGAUCCAUCGCUAUUCACCAAUCUUGGCCACAACUUCGCNCAUAACUUCGCUAAUCACUAUCAACAAAAUACACAAUUCCAGCAGGAUCAUUUUUUUAACAAUUUCAAUUCGAUGGGAUCACCGUUGCUCACUUGCGCUGAACAAACGCCUCCGAUUGGUCGAACCACUGUGCUACAGUAUUCCAAAGAGAUCUCGCGUGCCAUUUCCUCUUCACCUCCGAAACUUAUGCCCGAAACGAGGUGA